AUGAACCAUCUGGAGAAACAGAAUCAUACUGCAGUGAACAAAAUAACUGAAUUUAUCCUCAUGGGGAUCACCAACAACCCUGGGCUACAAGCACCCCUUUUUGUAGUCUUCCUCAUCCUAUACUUGAUCACAGUCACAGGAAAUGUGGGCAUGGUAAUCUUGACCCAUUUGGACUCCAAGCUACACACUCCCAUGUACUUUUUCCUUAGACAUUUGUCAAUUACUGACCUUGGUUACUCCACUGUCAUUGGCCCAAAAAUGAUGCUAAACUUUGUGGUGUACAACAAUACAAUUUCCUACAACUGGUGUGCCACCCAGCUGGCAUUCUUUGAGAUUUUCAUCAUCACUGAACUGUUUAUUCUAUCAGCAAUGGCCUAUGAUCGCUGCGUAGCCAUCUGCAGACCCCUCCUCUACAUGGUCAUCAUGACAGUGAGAGCGUGUUGGGUGCUGGUACUUAUUCCGUAUCUCUACAGCACAUUUGUGUCACUAUUUCUCACCACUAAGUUAUUUACAUUGUCCUUCUGUGACUCUAACGUCAUCCGUUAUUUUUACUGUGACUGCCUCCCUCUGAUCUCCAUGCUCUGUUCUGACACACGUGAAUUAGAAUUGAUCAUUUUAAUCUUUUCAGGCUGUAAUUUGCUCUCUUCUCUUUUGAUCGUUCUUGUGUCCUACAUGUUUAUUCUUGGGGCUAUUCUCAGAAUCAACUCAACUGAGGGAAGAUACAAAGCGUUCUCCACCUGUAGCUCCCAUCUGACAGUGGUGGUUGUGUUUUAUGGGACAUUAUUGUUUAUUUACCUGCAACCCAAGUCCAGCCAUACUUUUGAUAUUGAUAAAAUGGCCUCUGUGUUUUACACCCUAGUGAUCCCAAUGCUAAAUCCAUUGAUCUACAGCCUACGGAACAAAGAAGUAAAAGAUGCUCUGAAGAGAAGAUGGAAAUUAUUUCCAAAUGUUCUUUUUUAA